AUGUGGAGGGUGAUGUGGGAAGUGGGCAAGCUCAGCAGGGAAGACCUCGGGAAGAUGUGUCAGAUGGGCUUCAAGGACCACACCAAGAGCGGCGGGCGCGGGCUGAACUUCACCCCUGUGCACUUGCCCCACAUGUACGACGACGUGAAGAACUUCCUCGGCCUCUUAAAGCACAUCCACGGUGGGACCGACCUGUUCUCCCUGUGCGAGGCCUGCAAAGGCCAGUAUCCGGAUCACGAUUCCGAAUGCCUUGCCUUUGACAUCUUCCACAGCCGCGACGACCCCUACUCCCUGGGCAAGAUCCUGGACCUCCGCAGGCGUUUGGAGUCUGUCCGCUGGAAGCGAGACAUUCUGAUGCUCGACGUGGCCAUGGAAGACCAGCUCAGGAGCUUGGCCGAACGGGCCGAUCCAUCGACUAUGGGACGUGAUGAGAUCCUGAACCUCAUCUGCAUGAUCUUAGAAGAUCUCAUGGUUUCGCGGCACGAUCCGUCCCUCCAGCAGGGCUUCGAGCUCCUCGAUCGCCUCAGCCGCGGUGAUGCCGGAGGCCUCCAGAAAUGGAGCCCGGAGUGGUGCAAGAUGUUGCACGCUUCGUGCGACCGCCUGGCUCUGGCCUGCACGGACACGGCCGACACCGUGAUGCGCGUGCUCCAAGAGUGUGCCGACCGCCUCUUGGAGGAGGGCGCCAAGCCCGGGGCCGCGUUCAGUCCCGAUCCCAAGCACCUGGAGACCUUCGGAGAGGAGAAGGCCCGCUGCCUCACUGAGCGGGUCCUUGCACAGAUCUUGAAGGUGCUGAUGCCACAGCUCAGGAGGUGGGCCGGCCUUGGGCCCUGGCAGCUGGUGGCCUCCUUCCCAGCGCUCGGAACGCUGCGCCCCAUCGCGUCGCUGCCCGCGGAGCUGGCGCCUGGGCAGGCCCCCAUGAUCGCGCUCGUCGAGACCAUGACCGGCUGGGAGGACAUCCCGGCCGGAAUCACGGCCAUUCUCCUGCCGGCCGGCCAGGCUGUGGACACGCUCUCGCACGUUGCCAUCCGCGCACGGAACCAGCAGGUGCUUCUUGCCAGCUGCGAUGAGGAGGCCACGUUGGCAGAGCUCCGGGGUCUCUCGGGCACGCCGCUGCGACUGCAGGUCUCGGCAAGUGGCGAUGUCACCUGGGAGAAGGCGGCGCUGCCGGCGGAGGCCUCCGCUGCCACCCCAGCACCGACGCGUCUGGCGGAGACCAUGCAGAAGCCCCCGAAGCCGCCCAGCCUCGUCUUAGCGUCUCCGGACUUCACGAAGAACACCCGGAGCAUCGGAGGCAAGUCCUUGCACCUUGCCGAGCUUGCCGCAGCGUCGGGGCAGUUUGCCGUGCCCAACAGCGCCACUGUGCCCUACGGAGUCUUCGAGCAGAUUUUGGGCGACGGCGCCAACGAAGGCCUGCUGGAGGAGUUGGAGGAGAUCUUAGGUGAAGGGCAGUUG